AUGGAAUGUCUAGCCGUUUUCAACACAAUCGUCAGCAAUUGUAUCAAAAAAUUCGGGGGAAUCAAGCAUGAUAAAAUUGCGAUGAAAUGGUUGAGCCGCAUGUUUCUCGCGGUUUUCUUGGUCCUUUUAGCCGUAUUUCUCUACGAUGUUUGCUUCAAAAUCAUACCUUAUGAGAUCAAACACGCUCCAUCGUAUUUCUCGAUCUUCUGGCGAAUGGUUUUGGUGAUUUAUUUGACGUAUACGGUCCUUUUUCAUUAUUUUCAAUGCAUGUUGAAGGAGCCGAUUGUUGUUCCGAAAUUCGAGGGACAACGGAGAAGAAUCUGCAAACUUUGUAAUGUGGUGAAAUGCAAAUUGACUCAUCAUUGCUCAAAUUGUGAAAAGUGAGUGAAAAAAAAACAAAAAAUAAAAAUUUUUAAAUGUUUUGUCAGUGGAGCGACAUUGCAUCUUUACUUUCUUUUUUCGUGUUUUCUCGUUUUCUCCACUAAAUUACCAAUUUCCCAGAUGUAUCUACAAAAUGGAUCAUCAUUGCCCAUGGAUUGGUCAAUGUGUUGGUGCUCAUAAUCAAGUAAACUUCAUCAGUUUUCUAAUAUUCAUGUCAAUUGGCUGCAUCGCAUUUUUCACAUUGGGCGCCACUUUUUGGACAAAUCAUUUUCAAGUUAUCAGCGAGCGUGGGAUUGUUAGAACUCUUUUGGAUUGUGAUCAAUCGGUUCCCAGUGUUGUCAAGUUCAAUCCAUUUGUUUUUAUGUUUGUUUGUGAGAAAAAUCGUGAGUUUUACUGAAAAAAUUUUAUUUCUGUGUGAAAAAUUCGAAAUUUUCAGAUUUUGGAUUCGAAGUCACGGUUUUGGCGAUGACAAUGUUGUUCGUGUUCGCAACAACUUUCAUUUUUUCGCUAAUUCAAGUCAAAAAAAUUUGUCUUGAACAAUUUUUCGUGAAAGAUACGUUGGAAAAAUCGGAAAGAUUAACCCUCGAAUUACUCGUUUUUCGCUGGCGACGAUAUUUUGGACUUCGAGAUGAAGAAUCGUUUUUGACAGCUUUUUUGGUUCCAAAUAAUCGAGAACCUUUUCAAUAUUAUGAGUUAUAA